UUUUUAAACAUAUAGGUUACCACUGUAUUAUGGAACUCCGAGAGUAUUACUUUUUACUAAACAACCUAUUGAAAGACACCCUCAGUUGCAGAAAGUUCUAGGAUUAGAGAUACUUUACACAGUUUCAACUCAUAGAGCUUUACUGAAAGUUGCCCAUCUCAUACCAGAAAAUGUUCUGCUUGGUGGUAAUGAGCUUGUGCCUGGAUUAAUGGAAGGACCAGAAGACCAAGUGACUGGAAUUAAGGAUCACUUCAGAAAACCUAAACUGUGGAAGGUGACAUCAUUUCAACUAGAUAAAGUCACUUUAAAGAUACAACCAACAGUGGCCAACUUUGAAGAAUACCUUUUGCACAGUUUGGAACAGGAAAAAAAAGAUCAUUCUGCUAUAGGGGUUAAAUUUACAGUAGUUGAAAGAAGAGUGCAGAUAGGAGUUCACAAUGGAUGGUGCUUUGUUACUCGUCCUGAUGUCCAGCAACUUCUUCCAGAACGACUUGCUCGCCGUAGCAGUUUGACAAAUAUAUCUAAUAUAAAAACUCAUCGUCGAACUGCCAGUACAGGUUCUAAUGUUGGCUCAACAGAUUCAGUUUUGAUGCUGAGGAACAAGAUAAAAAUGAUUGAUGUUCCAAAUGAUCCUCAGAUUGCUCUUGUCUUCAUUAUCGAAUUUGGAGUUUCCUGUGAACAGGGUAUGAAGGAAAGAAGGGCAAGCACUGUAUUAGGGAAAGUUCAUGGGCCUGUUUCUACUGUAACUGUUUUUUGGGGUUUCUGGUGCCCAUGGUUACAAUGUCCUAGUGGUCAGACAGAAGUGUGCAUCCAAAUGAUUGGUGGACCAAGCCGAUGCCCAAACAAUUCUUUAGUCUUUUGUGGAAAACAACUAGUGGAUUGUGAUGGAGGGCAAGGAAGCCUUUCUUUUACAUUUACUCCUGGUCGGAAGAGAGAGAACUCAUUACGACCAGUUAAACAGCACUCAGCUGCAUCAGAGACCAGCCAGCUCUCGGUCAACAGACAAGUUGGAGUAGACAAUAAGUCACAAGCUGUGAUAGCUGAUAACACUGUUUUCCACCACCAAAGAAGCUCUUCUGUGUCUCCUAUAAAGAAAGUUCAUGAAUCAAAACCAAAAGAACAGUUUUUCAGAAGGAAAGAUCACAUCUCUUUUGUAAAGGACCAAAAUGAAAAUACUGUCGAUACAUCUCAGGAGCUGGAGGAGGUCCACCAUGGAACUGGUCCUCAUGUACCUCUUCUGCCUGUGUUCUCCCAUAAUGUGUCUAGGGGUCAGCACCUGUCCAGAGUAGCAUAUGGUCGAUUAUAUUCAGCUGGGUUUCCCGUAAUCCGAGAUCGUCAUGGACGCACACCAAAUGUGCUAAAUCCUGUGGAACCAGUUUCAGUAAACCUUAAAAAAGAAGAAGUGGACAUUUUGAGAUGUAACGAGAUCAUUUUCCAGUUCCUAGCUUAUUCUAAUUGUGCCAGAAAAGCUCUUCAUACGAUAUUCUUUACAUUCCAAUUUUACCGUUUCCCACCAACAAAAACAGAAAGGCUUUUGCUGGAACAACAUGAGCCACUAAAAAGCACAGAGUCGACAUCUCUUCCAUAUAUUCUUUUUCCCAUGCAGUCACCAGGAGUAAAGAGGGAAGGACCACCUGGGUAUGAGAUUCGUUAUGAAGUUGAUCCAGCCUAUCUCAGUAGAGGAGAAGAUAAAGCUUUUUUGAAAUACUUAGCUUAUCAUCAUCUCCAUAUUGACGUUUGGGACGGCGAGUCAUUGCUUUACAUUGGGUCAUCAGAUGUUGAUUUGAAGUUUCUGUUUCGGAAUGGACAAGAGUCAAUUCAGACGACACUGGAACUUGAUAUUUUAUACUGUGAGUAUUUAGACAUACCAUCAGAUAGAACCAUAGGUCAACCAAAGCUAAGAGGUCAUCUCCACCUUCGUUUAGCUAACAUUGGGUCACCACUUUCAGGAGAUUCAAUGAGAAGAAUUGAACAGAGAGAAAAGUACACCAACAACCUUCCAGUACUUCUGUCCUCUAAUAAAAAGUUUACAGUGAACAAGCCAGAGUGUCACCAGGUUUCCAGAGCUCGGCUUUUAGUGGAAACAGAUCGUGAACUAGCAUCAAUUAUCUCAGCAAGAGGUAGAGACCAUCAGAAACCGUAUGGUGAAACUUUAUCAUCAGAACGGAGACGAAAAUUAGCUCGUAUGGAAGCAGUAAGAUCUCAAAGUAAUAACAAUCAGGAGCUGAACCUGCUUACUAAGGAAAACCUGCAUGUGCUUAGAGAAAGACAGAGAGACCUUCGAACUUUACAGGUAUACAGAGAGCAUCACAAGCAUGAAGAAAUCCUUAACCUGUUACAGAAAACAAUAACAACAGAAGCUACAAUACAUCCUACACUUGGUGCUGUAGAAUUCUUUGAAUUUGAGCUGACAAAUCCAUAUACAACAGAUUGUAAUAUCUUCAUAGAAAUAGAUAAUCCAUACUUAAAUAUUGUAUUCAAAAGCAGUGAAUGGCAACACCUGCGACACUUAUGGCAUAUAAGUGGUGUUGUUGAAGAAAAUUUCUUAACAGCAUCUGAUCAGGAAAGAAAAUAUCCAAAUCUAGUCUUAAAAUCUAAAGAAACAGUGCGUAUACCAUUCAAAUACCAACUUUGGAACAUUGGAGAAGAAUCAGUUGAUAGCUGGGAAGCAGCUACUGGUCAUUAUUUUCGGUCAGAAGAUCUAACCAACCUACAAAGUUCAACAUAUUUUUGCUCUUCUACUGCUAAGGUCCAUUUCGUUACUGAACACCAGAAAACUUUAGCAAUCCUCAGCCUUCACAUUCAGCACUUACCUCCAUUGGUCCAACAGACAAUGAGGUUUCUACCACCUGAGAAUUCUUUUCUUAAACAGUGGAUUCGUGUACCAGCUGGACUGAUAAAAGAAGAAAAACUUGGCAUGAUAGCAAGAAGCUCAGAUGUAGACAUCAUCUGUAGCAUCCAGCACUUGGAUGGAAAUUGUGAUGUUUAUGUGAAGGCUUCAUGUGGUAAUUCCGGCUCUAAGAAAAAGUUCUACAUCUUUGUCUACAGUGACUCCUAUAUAUUUCAACCUGUACAAACAUGGGAGGUAUGGGUUCAUCCUCAGAGAAGAGUAGAUCUGUCAUGUGUUAUCGGCCAGUCGAUGCACACAUCACUGAUUAUCAGAGGUACUCAGUCAACUCGGCUGGUUAAGUGUUUUACUUCUCACCCUGAAGAAGUGCAGUUUUAUCCUUCUGAACCAUUUGUUCUUGCUGCUGGGACUGUUCAUGAACUUCAGCUGGUUGUUAGGCCAUUACACCCUGAACACAGGCACCUGCUCGUUAGUGUGGUUGACACUGAUUGUCGACUGUCACUCUACACGUGGUUAAUAAUACUGGUGUGCCAAAAACCACCAGUCACCAAGGGGUUUCAGAUAAACCUGCCUCUAACCAAGACAUCAACCAAGCGGAUCUCUUACAAAAAUCCUUACACUGUGCCCAAGAUGUUUAGUGUCCACUGCAGCCGACCUGACCUUGUACAACCUCUGGAUAAGCCGUUUAAUCUACAGCCGGGUGAGACUCGCAUGAUUGGGCUAGCUUUCUUGCCACAGCAUCAGCCAAACACGGAGGAAGUUUUGGUGUUUAUCAACAACGAAAAAGAUAAAAAUGAAGAAACAUUUUCUGUUGAGAUAACUUAUUUGUGAGUUUCAUAUGUAAAACGAUCAUAUCUUGUUUAUUGUAUUAUAUAUAUAUAUAUAUAUUGGACUUUAAUGUACAGUUUUGAGUUGUAAUGUGAAGUUAGUGGAUUGGCACCAACAUGUGUAAGUUGUGGAUAACACCGUACUAGUGGAUUAGCACCAGAAUAUUUAAAUCCUACAGACAACAUCAUGAUAUCAGAUUAGCACCAACAUAUUUAAAUCUGGAAGAUAAAAUCAUGGUAGUGGACUAUCAUUAACUUGUUUAAAUCCUGCAGAUCACAUCAUACUAGUGUAUUAGCAACAACAUAUUUAAAUCCUGUAGAUAACAUCAUGGUAAAAAGUUUCAUUUUUAAAAUUUUUGUAAGAAAACAUGCUUAUGUUACAUAAUAUUCAUACUUUUACUGUGUAUAUUUGAACAGUUGAUAUAGCAAUAAAUGUUCUUUGUUUAUGAAAGAUAU